CUUGCUUACUUCAACAGAUUGGGAAGUGGAAGUGAAGUGAAUGUGGCAUUCAUUCCAACGCUUGUGUGUGAGUGGGAGAGGAUAUGAAGCCCAUACUUCCUUCAUCAAUUAACAAAAGGCCAUCUUCUUCAAGGUUUGGCUUAGAGGCCAUUGGAUGUCUGUUACAAAUAUUAUGCGUGGGAUAAUCUACUCGUAGAUUCCAACAGAGUGAAACUCAGCAGGCUGGUUUUCCAAGUCCAUUUACAUAAUUGCAACAGGCUUCCCAUUUUAAUAAUUUCAAGGAUCUGCCACUUCCUCUUCCAAAGACUCUCUUACUUGCAACCAAGACUUCAAAGGAACUCGGGAGGAUGGAAGAUGAAGAGGGAUAUAUGAGUAUAGACCCAAAAUUAAGGAACUUCUGUGCAACAAAACCUUCUACUGGAAGCAAAGGUUGUUUCUCCAAUCUUCUCUGGUGGAAAAUUGGUCUUGGCAUCUCAGUGGCAGGAAAUGUUGCUUUGAUCUUGGUUCUUAUCCUUCUCAAUCUCCCAGCUUUGCAGGAUUAUUCUUAUGGAAACCCUCACACAAACCAGGCUGAAGAUACUUUUUACAACAAGCCUCCUCACAACCUGAUACAGAGUUGCCUACAGAACUGCAUCCCUUGCAGAACUGCUAAAGACAGUAUAACAGCAAACCUGACUCUGGAUCCUGACACAGCUUUCCCCAAGCUCUUCAUAUCUGAAGACAAAAAAAGUGUGAAAUGGAAAGAUAUGAAGCAAAAUGUUGCUCCUGGUCUUAAGAGAUACGAUGUCAUGGCCAGUGUCUUAACCCAGCAGGGCUUUACCUCAGGGAAAAUUUGCUGGGAAGUUGAGAUUGUGGAAGGAGGGCAAUGGUGGGGUGUGGGAGUGGUUAGGGAGUCAGCAAACAGAAAUGGCCCCAUUGUAUUUGAUCCUAGUGGGGGGUAUUGGGCGGUACAACGUAUAGAUGGGAAGUAUGAAGCAAACACGGAACCAAGGACAAAUUUGUCUUUAUGUCAUCAACCAAAGAGGAUCAGAAUUUCUCUGGACUAUUUGAUGGGGCAGGUAGCAUUUUUUGAUGGGGAUACACAUGCUGAGCUCUUCAUUUUUCCAAAAACAACAUUCUCUGGAGAAAAGAUCUUUCCUUGGUUCCUGAUCCAUAAAUGGAAUGGGGAGCUCAUGAUUCAUCCAUGAGAGUAAAGAUACACACCACUGUUUUCAGCAGCCUGUUUAUCUAGGAGGCCAAAUCCAGUUCUCUACUCAUGAGGAGUCCUAGACACAGGUUAACAUUUCGGUAUGAAUAUCCUUCAAGUCCCAGCUUCAACUGGUUAAUGUCAGAGGAUGACUUUAUGGAGCAAGGAUAUGCAGGAAAUGUUGGAAGUGUAACAUGGCUUCAAUAAACACCCAAUAUUUGUAUAUAUGUGAUUUCAAAUAACCUAACUUAGGACAAUCUUGUGGAUCAUUGGGUUAUCUUAGACAAGGAAGACUCUGGGAUGGUUUUGUCAGCUCCUUCCUUUGAAUAUAGCCUAUAUUCAUUAGUCAUCUGCCAUCUUUUCCUAAAUCUCCCCAUAAAUUCUCCCCACUCAUUCCCCCCAGAUGUUUCUAAGUCUAUCAAGGACCAAGAGUUGUCCUAACUUCCUUCCUUCAAAAUUUGCAGGAUAUGUAUUUCAUGUUUGGAUUGCUGGGGAAAAAAAUCAUACAUAAAUUGAGUUCUUAUUUGCUUGUGUUUUACAUUAAAGGACUGAAAACUGAUACCAAGACUUUGGAAAACUCACACACUUCUUCAUAAUAUGACACUAUACUGGAGUGAUUCUUGCCAUUCUUAAAGAUGCUGUAAUGGAGAUGACUAUCCAGACAUGUCUUCAAUUGACAUGUUCCUUCUAAUCUGGAGUACUAAUCCACUUAAAUGAAGAAAUGCAUAUUUGGUCUUCAGAAAGGCCCACUGUUGAUCUAAGAAUGAGAUAAAUUCUGCUAUUCUUUCUCAUGUAGUUCUUAUAAUAACCAUUGCUGAUGUUACAUAUGAAUUACCUAUCUGAUGGUCUUCUUGCAUAAUGACAAUGUGAGCUGUAGACUUCAAACUCCUUCCCCGUGUGGACUGGUGCCUUCUAUACCAGAGGAAUCCAUGGUGGGUUUUAAUCUGAAAUUAAGAGGAGCUAUCCAGGAUGUGGAAUAUUAUCUCCUGCUUCAGUAGAUUCAUACUUGGAUAUCUCAUUAAUGGUUUAGACAUAAAGGUUGAUGUCAUUCUGUUGCGCAAUACAAUAGGAACCGCAAACAAUUUGUGUCCUUUCACAAUGCAUAGGCUUAUUAAGAUCCUUGUGUUAUCUUUAUUGCUCUAUACAAGUUACAAUAGGGUCUCGCUUAUCCAACACUCGCUUAUCCAACAUUCUGGAUUAUCCAACAUAUUUUUGGAGUCAAUGUUUUCAAUAUAUCGUGAUAUUUUGGUGCUAAAUUCAUAAAUACAGUAAUUACUACAUAGCAUUACUGCGUAUAGAACUACUUUUUCUGCCAAAUUUGUUGUCUAACAUGAUGUUUUGGUGCUGCAUUUGUAAAAUCAUAACCUAAUUUGAUGUUUAAUAGGCUUUUCCUUAAUGCCUCCUUAUUAUCCAACAUAUUCGCUUAUCCAACAUUCUGCCAGCCCGUUUAUGUUGGAUAAGUAAGACUCUACUGUAUUAGUUUUUUAUUUUUGCUUUUUCCUCUGUUUUGUCAUUUAUGAGAUCUAAUAUACAGUUGAAACCAAUGUUUCAAUGAAUAUAAAAUUUGCAUAAAAGAGUUAUUUUGAAUUGACAUAUAAGAUAAGCAUUUCCUAUAAAGUGAUGAAUGUGAAUAUCUAUGGACUUCAUCACACUAAAGCAGACAACAAUAAUCUUCUAAAUUCAUUAUUCGAGUGGAAAUGGAAGAAAGCAAGGAAAAACAUGUGGGAUGGGAUCAGUUACUUUGCCUGUGUUGAAUUGCUUCAGUGACAUGAAGUAAUGGGAGUUCCUAUGGAGAGUGUCCUAGCAAGCACUGACAUUUCCCUCCAAAAAUCCUACUUCAUGAGUUUGGCAUGGUAAUUUGUAAAAAUUAAUUUAAUCAUUAGAAAUACUAAAAUCUGAAGAUAUCACCACUUUGUUUUUCCUGUCCUUCAUCAUAAUCUUGACUUUUGAAAUUGCACUACUGCUAGCUUUUUAACUGAAGGCACAGAGCUACAACAACCCCACAUUCAAAGUGUCUCAACUUCUCUCUUUUGUCCUUUCCACCUUCAAUUUUAUUUUACUUAAAUUGCAGCAUACUGUAUUCAGAAUGCAAAAGUAACAGGCCGGGCUGUGGCGCAGGCUGGUUAGCAGCCAGCUGCAACAAAUCACUCUGACCAAGAGGUUAUGAGUUCGAGGCCAGCCUGUGCCUGCGUCUCUCUUCUAUGUUAUGGCAUUGAAUGUUUGCCUUAUAAGUCUGCAAUGUGAUCCUCCCUGAGUCCCCUUCAGGGUGAGAAGGGCGGAAUAUAAAUACUGUCAAUAAGUAAAUAAAUGAAUAACUUGCAGGCAGUCAAUGAAGCCAAUGGUGAUGACCUUCCAGGAAGUCUCAUUUCAUCCCCCCCCCCUCCCCCAGCUGCCACCAUCACCUUUUAGAGUUUCUAAACUCAACACAUAAAUUCAGGGGUUCCUCUACUUAAAAUAACAGUUUUGCAUAAUCUUGCAGUUACCCACUUGUUCCCUUCCACACCUUUUUGACCACACUCUGUGCAGAAUGUACUCUCUCACACACAUUUGCAUCCUACGAAUACUGUACGACUCCCAUGUUUACAGGGGAUACAUCCCAGAACUACUACUACUACUACUACUAAUAAUAAUAAUAAUAAUAUACAUCACACAGUCCUAAACACUUAGGAAGUGUUUGACUUGUGAUUUUGUGAUGCAAAUUCCAGCAUAUAUAUCUCGUUUGGUCUUUUUGUCUUUGUGUCAAUAAUAAUAAUAAUAAUAAUAAUAAUAAUAAUAAUAAUACCCACCUCUCCCUGCAGCUCGAGGAGGGAUACAACUUCAUUUAAACAAGAGAUAUAACACUAUUAAAAGACAUACAACAAGAUACACAGAGUUAAAAUCCAAGUUAAAAUCCACGAAUGAGAUAGAGAUUACGUAUGGAAAUAAUGGGUAACAGUGAACCCUAUUGAAAGGACCUAGAAAAUUCCUAGAAAAAUAUCCUAGGAAUUUUCUAGAUCCCGAAAGACAACUCCAUGAUAUGUUUUAGCAGAAAUAUACAUAAAAUUACCUGAAGGACCUAGGAGAUUCCUAGGGGAUAUAUUUUAUCAGAUGUAUUUUAUCAGAUGGUGGCACAGUGUGUUAAAGCGCUGAGCUGUUGAACUUGCAGACCAAAAGGUCCCAGGUUCAAAUCCCGGGAACGGAAUGAACGCCCGCUGUUAGUCCCAGCUCCUGCCAACCUAGCAGUUCGAAAACAUGCAAAUGUGAGUAGAUCAAUAGGUACCGCUCCGGCAGGAAGGUAACGGCGCUCCAUGCAGUCAUGCCGGCCACAUGACCUUGGAGGUGUCUAUGAAAUGGAGAUGAGCACUAUGCUGUCACACCCAGGCCCCUUUUAGAGCUUUAAGAUGUGCUUCUUUCUUUGCCCGGGUGAACUGCGGGGGCCUUACUUUGAAGCUCAGGAAUCCCAGUAACCAGCGUCACUUCAAGUUGAACAAUCAAACAAGAUUUUAUUUUCUCAAAGUCCUUGGCAGACUUGGCACAAAUUGUUGAGGUUACAAAUACAGUAGAGUCUCACUUAUCCAACAUUCGCUUAUCCAACAUUCUGGAUUAUCCAACGCAUUUUUGUAGUCAAUGUUUUCAAUACAUCAUGAUAUUUUGGUGCUAAAUUCAUAAAUACAGUAAUUACUACAUAGCAUUACUGCAUAUUGAACUACUUUUUCUGUCAAAUUUGUUGUAUAACAUGAUUUUGGUGCUUAAUUUGUAAAAUCAUAACUUAAUUUCGUGUUAAUAGGCUUCUCCUUAACCUCUCCUUGUUAUCCAACAUAUUCGCUUAUCCAACGUUCUGCCUGCCCGUUUAUGUUGGAUAAGUGAGACUCUACUGUACAAAUAGUCAACUUAUAAAACCUUGCAGACGUUCCUUUCUUGUCUUUCCCCUUAGUUGCUGGGUUAACUUCCUCCAAAGGUGAAGAGAUCCUGAGAUCCUCUCUACCCUAGUCCUGAGCUGCUAUAUAAAAAGAGCAGGUCUUUCACUAUCUAAGCUAAAAGCUAACUUGGAGACGAAGUAAUUAGAACUUCUUCCAAUGGCAAAGAAAUCCUGGGAUAUUCUUUGCCCCAGUGCUGAGUUACUAUCUUGGAAAGAGCAGGUCUUCCCCUAUCUGAACUCAGCACCAGUUUUAUAGGCAAGAGGUCAGUGCUUACAAUGGCUUGUCUGAGCUGGCCUGGCUUGACCACACAAGCACAUCUGAGCUCUUUUCUCUUCUGUCUAGAAGGCAAAAGGCUUCUCAAAAUAGAGAUUUCAUCCCCAGGAAAAAGGGGCGGUCUCCAGAACAAAAGGGCACUUUGCAAGCUUUCAGCAGCAAAGACUUUGCUGAGCUGGCUACAAACUCUGCUAAUGGUUAACUCUCAGGGUGCUGCAGAAUCUGCACCUUUACCUUUACUAAGUAAAUUAAAUCAGUCCUACAGAUAUUAUAACGCUGGUACUACCGUGUUUCCCUGAAAAUAAGACAGUGUCUUAUAUUAAUUUUUGCUCCCAAAGAUGUGCUAGGUCUUAUUUUUAGGGGAUGUCUUAUUUUUCCAUGAAGAAGAAUUCACAUUUAUUAUAUACUGUACAGUAGUUGUCAUCAUAAACCAGCAUAACUAGACAAACUGUGAAUCCUAUCAAGACUUUCUUGUUACUACCAUUAUUUCUAUGUACAACAAUCUAUGGUACAUACAUUUACCAAUCCUGCAUGCUCAGGUGUUCUGUUCAGCAGGCAUGCUGACGAACAAAAACUUUGCUAGGUCUUACUUUCGGGGGAGGUCUUAUAUUUAGCAAUUCAGCAAAAUCUCUACUAGGUCUUAUUUUCUGGGGAUGUCUUAUUUUCGGGAAACAGGAUAUACUGUAAUGUCAUAUUUUGAAUAAACCAAGGCAUUUUUCCUGCCUGCACUCCACACCUUACUCAAUGGAUAAUCCAAUUGCCAGUAAUUCGGGACAUUAACUUGUGGAUUUGCAUAGAUAAGGGGUUUUCCUUUGCUCUUCAUACCACUAUUAAUUAUCCUGAGUUUCACCAUAAGUGUUAGUGAUUGCCACAAGUAGAAUUUCCAGCUCGGGGCUUUAAAUUGAUUAAUUAUACUCAUUACCUAGACUGCAGUCAUAAUUAUGACAGGGAAAUAUGUAUGCUAAGGAAUUACGGUUCAAGCAAAUACAAGCUGCAAGUAAACAAGAAAAUUAACACCAUAUCUACAGUGUAUCUACUGUGUGGAAUUAAUGUAAUUUGACCCCUACUUUAAUGUGUAUGGUUCAAUGCUAUGAAAUCCUGGGAUUUGCAGUUUGACAAAGCACCAAUACUCUUUGACAGAGAAGGCUAAAGACGUUGCAUCUGUGAGAACAACAGAGCUGAACAGUUUGCAGUUUCACAAUUCAGACUGAAAUACUCUGUUCCCACUUUUUCAGAAGUUUUUAAAACACCAGAGUUUUACCAUCCUGCUUUCAGCUUUCUCCCCAGCUUACUUUUUAACAUUGUCUUUUUACUGUGAUCAUAUCAGAGCUAUAAAGCAUAUUUUUGAGCAUUGAUGUUAUUGGAAUGAUGAAUUGUGGUUUUUUUAUGUUGCCAUCAGAGCUGUUGCAUGUAGUGGCUUUUGGGAAAAAAGAACUUACUGAUAACUGUGUUGGUAAAAUUCUCAUUUUUAGAAUGGAAAAACUGGAUCAUUCAAUCUAUCAAUAAAUAAUUUUAUUGA